AUGGCUCAAGCCGAGUCUCCCAGGUCGCCGACCCAGCCUGACACGCUCCUGUCCGUCACUGCGCUCGCCCGCUUCGAGUUCGAACCGGGGAAAGGGAACGAUGGCACCAAAGUCAUGAUGGUGGAAUGGCAAGACGAUGAUCAGACAAGAGAUAAGACGGGGAGGUGGCAGGUCUCGUGGUCCGGCAAACGCACCGUCUUCCCAGCAGACGACAACCCCUCGGACAAUAUCCGCCGUGUAUAUUUCCUGUUGCCUCCGGGUGCCAUUGUGCCACCUCACAUCACUUUGGCGUACUAUCCCCCCAUCAACCCCGCCGAACCUGCCGAGACCUCAACCACAGAGCAAGCGCCUUUGAGAAUGACGGUGAACCCGUUACCUGCUAUCUUCACCCCCGAGCUGGGAGCCACGGCCAAAGCUAGUGGGAGAAAAGGCGUGCUGCACACUAUAUGGGCCAAAAAGAGGCUCCAGGUCUUGGACAAGGAGAUCAAGCAUGAGGAGGAACAUAAUCUCGAAGGCAUUGCUCUGGAGAUGGCCCGGUCGGAGAAGUCCUGGAUUGAGAAUAACUUUGGUCUGACUCCUAAGCCCCCGAGCCUCGAUCUGAGCAAUAUUCCCAAGUCUCUAGGCCCCGUGAGUCCAGGGAUCCAAAGCCCCAAGUCUCCUGGUGGAAGAAGGCUGAGCGAGAAGCUCAAAGGCUUGAGCAUCGGGACGAGUGACAGGGACCUCAAUGCUAGAGGCCUCAAUACUCCAACACGCGAAUCCCAUCCUCUUUCGCCCGAGGCAUCCGAUAUGGCAUACUCGUCGUUUGGUACUUUCCGGAAUGGACCAACGUCCGCCUCCUCGGUGACUGGGGGUAAAAAGGUCGUUGCUCAGGCACCACCAGACUAUAUCAGAAAACAACAGGCAGAGUCGCCCGCCAGUGCUUCGCUGCUUAACUCUAUAAGCCAAACCACGAAACAGGAAGACCCUGAUGAAGAAGAUUUAUUUGCGGUCGCCCUAAGUCCGAGGUCCCCGGAUGGUCCAAAGAGUCCGUUCUCGAUAUCGAGCGCAGAAGUCGGUGCAUUUGCAAAGAUCAAGGGCGAGCGGUGA